AUGUCCACACACACGACGACCCAGCGAAAGGCAUUGGAGCGCAAUUCCACGGCCCUGCCAUUCGGACAGCACGUCGCCCUAUCCUCGCUCUCUGGACCGACCUACCUGACCGCCCAGACCUUGGUCCAGCAGGUCGCGUACGCCCUCUCCGACAAGCUCUUCACCUACUCGCCCGAUACCUUCGACCUCGACACCGCCGCCGUCGCCUGGCAGCACGAGCAGCAGAAGAAUGCAUACAACACCGUCACGGGCGUGCAGCGCCAGCAGACACGCAAUGGCGCUGGCAGCCUCGCGCUGGGCUACAUGUUCAGCCCGGACUUUGACCUGAACAAGAGACAUGUGCCGCAGUCCAUUGUCGCAAGCGCAGCCAGUCUGCAGCACCUGAGACCGGCUCUCGAUCAAUUGAGCCUGCUCUACGAUGUCGCGAACCCUACUGCACUCCAAGUCGCCGCUGUGGACUAUGCGGCGGACACAAAGGCCGGACUCGUCACAGACUAUACAUCUUCUCUGACUUUGGCCGAAGAGCUGGGACUGGGUCUGAUCACAAGCCGUAGCGCCUACGAGAUUCAGCACAUGUCUCUGCUGUCCACUAUACUGGCCUCCAUCCUCCCCACUGUCCACGCAUACGACGGCAUCACUGUCGGUCGGGAGACCACGCGCGUCAUUGACGUGCUCAGUGUGCCGAGUCUGAAGCGCACCUACGAUAGCGUUCUCGGUUCAGUCAAGGCAGAUAUCGUCUCCAAACGCCUCACGAACGAGGGCAAAUUGUCCAAGCUGCUGCACGCGUUCAAUGCCGAGCUCGGAACCGAAUACAAGGCCUUCGAGUAUCAUGGCCAUUCCGAUGCCACUGCUGUCAUGGCUGUGUUCGGUACUGUCGAGGCAAGUCUGUCAGCGCAGGUGGCCGAGGCACUUGCACAGCAGGAUGUCAAGGUUGGAAUCAUCAAUGUGCGUGUCUAUAGGCCAUUCGUGGAGGAGGACUUCCUGAAUGCCCUGCCUGCCAGUGUCCAGCACAUUACCGUCCUUGGACAGGUCACGGACCACGCCAGCGCGAUUGAUGCAAGCGUAACAAGCAGCUUAUACGCAGACGUGCUCGCUGCUGUGAACUUCGCUAGUGUGACAUCUGGAAAGUCACCAAGCGUCUACGAUCUCAAGUAUGCCCGCGAGACUGUAUGGACCGUUGCCAAGGUCGAAGGUCUACUCCAGCAGGUAGGCACUAAGUCUGGCACCUCGCCCGACGCUCGACCCGCCGUCUCUCUAGCUGCAAAGGACGUGAAGCAGUACACUUUCUGGGAUGUGGAUACCAGCAAGACAGCCAGCGCUCCAGCCAUGCUCGGAAGACUUUUCGCUGAUGAUAGUGCCUUGAACGUGACGCUGCGCACCGGUCAUGACAACCUUGUGCAAGGCGGUGCUUUGAGGACCGAUCUUCGAACUUCGUCCAAGAGCAUCGAAAGCGCAUACAGCAUCAGAGAUGCUGACUUUGCCGUAAUUGGUGCGGAAGCCCUAUUGAAGGACUUUUCGAUCUUGCAGAAUGUCAAGGACGAGGCCACAGUCAUUCUGAAGUCGUCGCGAUGGAAAGAUGAGGAUGUUGAGAAGAAGCUCUCCAGCCCACUUCGCAAGGCAAUCGCAGCCAAGCGUCUUUCUGUUUGGAUUCUGGAUCCUUCGAAGAGUACCAAGGUCGAAGAAAACUCAGAGCUUGAGUCUUACCUCCUGCAGCUGGCUUUCUUGAAGUUGGCCAAGCCUGAUAUUUUCGAAGCGGGCUUGAGGAAGCUACAGUCUGCUGGCGAUUCACUCGAUGCUCUUGCUCAAGAUCUCGAAAGCGCACUGAAGCAGAUUGAAGUACCUGAGACUUGGCUUACCUUGGAGCUGGAGCAGAACGAAUCUCUCCCGCCUGCCGAAGACCUCAAUGCCAACAGCUUUGCGCCAUUUGAGAGAGCUGACGAGGAACCUCCAACGGAGCUGCAUGACUGGCAAGUGGCGGCGAAGGGUCUGGCAUUCAAGGAGGCGUACGGUACCACGAGUGCGCUUCGACCUGAGCUUAGUACGAAGACAGCCAUUGCACAUGUCAAGGAACACAGAAGAUUGACACCGGAGACCUAUGAUCGCAACAUUUUCCACAUUGAGUUCGAUCUUGGAAACACUGGCGUGAAGUACGAGAUCGGCGAGGCGCUUGGCAUUCAUGCGGAGAACGACCAGGCCGAGAUUGAGCAGUUCAUCAAGUGGUACGGUCUGAAUGCAGAAGAGAUUGUGGAGGUUCCAUCCCGCGAGGACCCCAACGUGUUCGAGAACCGCACCGUCUACCAGGCGCUGUUGCAAAAUGUCGACAUUUUCGGAAGGCCUCCAAAGCGCUUCUACGAAGCUUUGAGUGAGUUUGCCUCUGAUGAGAAGGAAAAGACUGAGCUACUCUUGCUCGGAACUGGAGGCAACCAAGAAGCCGUCCUGGAGUUCAAGCGCCGAGCCGAAGUCGACACCGUCACGUACGCUGACAUUCUGCUCGAAUUCCCCUCGGCACACCCCAGCUUCCACGAAAUCGUGCGCAUUGUUAGCCCCAUGAAACGCAGAGAGUACUCGAUCGCUUCUUCGCAGAAGGUGACGCCAACCAGCGUCAGUCUGCUCAUCGUGACUGUCAACUGGGUAGAUCCACAGGGACGUGAUCGAUUUGGACAAGCUACUCGUUACCUGAAUAGCCUCCCUGUCGGUGCACCCGUCACGGUCUCGGUCAAGCCAUCGGUGAUGAAACUACCGCCGAAGACGACACAACCGAUUAUUAUGGCCGGGCUCGGCACUGGUCUUGCGCCAUUCCGAGCUUUCGUUCAAGAGCGGGCCUGGCAGCGGGAGCAAGGCAUGCCGAUUGGCGACGUUUUCCUAUACAUGGGAUCUCGUCACCAGCGUGAGGAGUACCUCUAUGGUGAAGAGUGGGAAGCCUACGAAGCGGCGGGUAUCAUCACCUUGCUUGGUUGCGCCUUCUCUCGUGAUCAGCCGCAGAAGAUCUACAUUCAGGACCGCAUGCGUCAGACCCUCAGCGAGAUCCGCCGUGCUUACCUGAGAGAGGAGGGUGCCUUUUACCUGUGUGGACCCACCUGGCCUGUUCCUGAUGUCACAUCUGUGCUGGAAGAAGCAGUCGAGGUGGAGGCUAAGGCGGAGGGAAAGAAGAAGGACGGUCACAAAGAGAUUGAGAGGCUGAAGGAAGAGGAGCGGUACGUGCUUGAGGUUUACUAG